AUGGAGUUUUAAUCAGAUCAGAAUGAUGAGUUAAUCAUUAGACUCUCAGAUAUUGAUGGUUAACAAGGCGAUGAGGCAUUUGUCACAAUGUGCAAAAGCAAAUCUUAAAGUGUCAGCAAUAGGAAUGAGCUUAAAAGACCGAGAAUGAGAUCAUCUUAAAUGUCAGGAUUCAGUUACAACACCUCCAGAACUUCAUCUGCAAUUUUUACUGCUCAGAGCUUCACUUUUGACGAAGAAGAAUUAGGCAUUUAUCCAAGGUUAUUGACAUGUCCUCAUUGCUUUUAAUCUGGAAUUUCUAUUGUAAAGUUAUAAAAUAGUCGAAUGGCGUAUACAGCAAGUGGAGUUUGCUGUCUAUUGGGUUGCUGGGCUGGAUGUCAGUGCAUUCCUUUAUGUCUUGAAAACUUCAAAGAGAGUGUUCAUUCUUGCAGGAGCUGUGGAGAAAUUAUUUCUAAAGUUAGGAACUAAUGA